UGGGCUUCAUCAGCUCGGAGCCCGGAUGCGCCGCCAUGCCGCUUCUGUCAGCGAGUGGAGUAAUUUAUUCACCAACCUGCCCGACACUGGCCGACUAUUACUAGGAGUUCGCCGAACAAGUCGACGAGGCGGUUUGUGGAGCACCGGAGCCGACCCGGAGUGUCCGCCGCGCCGCGUGCAGGCUCCGCCGCGCGCCGUGGUAUCGAUGUGGGAAGACUUGUGAGCUAACUGCUAACGUUAGCACGAGUGGAGAGAGAGAGGGAGAGAGAGAGAAGGAGAGAGAGCGAGAGAGAGAGAGAGAGAGAGAGAGAGAGAGAGAGAGCGAGCAGGGUAGUGACAGUCCGGCCGUAGGCGGGGAGAAGGAGGAGGAGGAGGAGGAGGAGGAAGAAGAGGACUCACAGCGAGCUCUGGUAAACCCUAUGUGAUCAGAACUGCAAAUCAAAAGAGAUGUCUGUCGAUGAGGAUACUGCCAAAAUUGGCUGUCCACAGCCCAGUUCAACAUCACCUCUGCAGCCCACAGAUCAUACCGGAUCGUAUGGCAAUCUGUCUGCCAUGAUGGAGAAAACUGCGGCGACCCCCGACUUUGCAGCCGCGUGUCCCGUUCCAGGCACAGCCGCCUCACCAAAACACACCAGCACGACUGAGGCGCUCGAUCUUUCCGACAGCACUCAACGGAGAGGCAAAGCUAACGAGAACAACAUCAACCGCAGAAAUAGCUUUCAUCAUUCCAAACAGCAGCCGCAAACAAGAGUGACAAAGCGCCGCAACACAGCAAACUGUAGUUUUAAGCAUCCGAUGUCCGGCAAGAGGAGACGAAGAGCUAACUCAGAGAGCGACUCCGUCCUGCCUACCAACUUCCUCUUAGGUGGCAACAUUUUUGACCCCCUGAAUCUCAACAGCCUGCUAGAUGAAGAGGUCAACAGGGCACUGAAUGCAGAGACGCCAAAAUCUUCCCCACUGCCUGCGAAAAGUCGAGACCCUGUGGAAAUAUUGAUCCCCAGAGACAUCACAGAUCCACUGAACCUCAACAGCGGGAUAGCAGACAGCAGCUUUUUGGCAUCACCCUUCAAGAGUGGUGGAAGGAAGAGACACCGCAACAGACACCACGGAGGGAGUGGUGGGGGGAUUUCUACCACACAGACAAGCCUGUCCGAAUCAGGGAGAGGUGACGUCAGAUCGAGCACGUCUACUCCGCUUCCAGGUAUGUUAGCUUCAUCUUCCGCACUAGGUGUCUCCAAAGAGUCAAACAGUUUCUCCAGCAUCACAGCAGGAAAUUCCCAUGAGCUGACGUCUGACAGUUCAGCUGGCGUCAAGGAGGAGCCGACAUCUGUAUCUACUGAGGACUCCACAUCCUGUCCGUCUUGGGGUCCAAACCAGCACACAAGCAGACGUAAGAGAAGACGCAACUCGGGCAAAAUGGAGCCUCCAUUGACCCAUUCUACCCCCGCUGGAAAGUCAGGAUCUAAUGAGAGGAGUUGUGCAGUGGGGCCAAAAAAUUCCUUUCACACGCCAAGAAGUGGUUCCAAAACAGGCCCGGGACCUCGCCAGCAUCAGCAUCCUCACGGUCAGGGCAAGGACCCGCACAAGAAGUUCCAGUUUGGGAAUUACAACAAGUAUUACGGCUACCGCAACCCUGGCUGUAGUGAAGACCCUCGCGUGCGUGUGUUCCGUCCUGAGUGGUUUGAAGGUAAAGAUGUACUGGACUUGGGGUGCAACGCAGGCCACCUCACUCUUUAUAUUGCCAAAAUGCUAAGACCUGCACGCAUACUGGGCCUUGAUAUAGACAGUGGUCUGGUCCACGCAGCUCGUAAGAACAUCAGACAUUAUCUGUCAGAGCUGCAGACCCAAGAGGCCAGGCGUGCAAUGCAGAGAAAAAAGACUAAACAGGAAGAGAGGAAUGGAAAUGAGAAUCACACGGGCACAGAAGAGAAGCACAAUGAAGCAGAGACCAGGGAUGAAAACGGGAAACCGGUGAAAGGAGAAAGUGGCCCUGCAGAGGCUGUAAAUGACAAUGACUCCUGUUACACAGAUGAGAAAGGGACCCAAAGACAGGACAGCAAUACAGAGGAAAUGAAGCAGGAAGAUUUUGAUUCACCCCCUGCUGAUCGCGCUGUGAGCUGCUCUUUUCCUGUGUCCCUACGGAUCUCCAGGGGGCCCAUCGCUGCUCCCCCUCUUACAGAGACAUCCACAGUGAAGCCUGGGGAGUUCCCCUCAAAUGUGUCCUUUGUCAAGGCCAAUUACGUACUGGACAACGAUAAUCUUCUUGUGACUCAGCGGCCUGAGUACGACGUGAUCCUUUGCCUGAGCGUGACCAAGUGGGUCCACCUGAACUGGGGAGACAGUGGCCUUAAACGCCUCUUCAAGAGAGUCUACAGACAUCUCCGGCCCGGAGGCAUGUUCAUCCUGGAGCCGCAGCCCUGGGAAUCCUACGUGAGGAGGAGGAAGUUGACCGAUAACAUCAGCAGAAACUACCACAGCAUCCGCCUUAAACCCGACCAGUUUUCUUCAUAUCUUGUACAUGAAGUGGGCUUUGCCAGUUUCGAACACCUUGGGGCCCCCAAGUGUUCAGUGAGAGGUUUUCAGAGGCCAAUCUAUGUUUUUCACAAAUGACCGUCCCCCUCUUGAGCAUCAUUGGAUGCGAGUAGCUCAAACCGCCACUGUACAUUGACCCAGCCAGCCGCAGUGGACGGCAGGGAGGCUUCUGAAGGGGCACGGCAGCUUCUGGAGCUGAGGAGGAAGAUCAGAGAGGAAACGGGACCAAAAGUGGAAACGAUGGUGUAAAAGAUGAGAUCUGUCAGGAAAGAGACGCCUAACUGCGAAAAAAGGUUGGAGUGAAAAACCUGGAGCCAAAAAACAGAUUUAAUUGGCCCGCCUAUAGAAGAGGUGGAAUAUUGUUGGACUGUCUUAGUGCGAAUGAUGUCCAUGUUUGAUGCAUGGCCAGAAGUUGUCUGAAUAUCUUUGGCCUCAUGUUUUCUACCUGCGUUUUGCUGUGCCACCGCAUCACCGUUGCUCAUCAUGUCAGGGUCGGGCCACAGAUCAGACUUAAACCAUCAUGAUGGCAUUUCCAUCACCUGGAUCCCAAAGUCAUUUUAGACAUUUUGCACUAAGGUGAAACGUGUUUUGAAUCCACACUGACUUGCAGGGAAUGUGUUUCCUGACUGAGCAGGCUUGGUGAAGGACUUCUGGUCGGUUCUCUGAUACUCAUGAUGGCAAACAGACUCCACCUUACAGAGGUUCUGCUUUAUUUCAUCUCAUUAAAUUCCUCACUAACGAACAUUUUUAGCUCUGUAGCUUAACGAAUCUUUUCACUCCUGACAUCUUUUUAGAAGUUCACUUGAAUGCACAUCAUAAAACGAACUUUACAUCAUUUACUUCAUAAAAUUGACUUUUUUAGUAUGUCUACCUAGCAAUAACAAUCUCCAUCACAGUUUGAGUUUAACAGAUUAAUGCCAGCUGCUCUUCAGUCCACCCAGUCUGGAUUUUUUUCAAGAUUUAUUUUCAUUAUUCAAGUCGACGGGUCCAAACCUGUACAGCAAAAUGUGUUGAGAGACUCCAAGGCACGGUGUUUUUCGUCUUCAUUCUUUACACUAUGAAGUGAAGUUCAGGAAACUCACCUGGAUGGAGAUUGAUACUGCAGAUAGCUUUAGCAACCUGAAAUGAAUACAUUGAGAUUCAAGGAAAAAACAAUGACUUGAAUCUCAGUUUAGUCCCAGAAGUCCCUUUUUUAAAAUCCUUUCCACAUGGUUACACAAGCAGAAAGUGAGCAUGAGCUACAGAGGCAAAAUGUAUACAUCAAUUUGAAUUAAAGCAUCCAGAAGAAUGAUUUAAUGGUGAAUUAUAAUAUCUAUAAUGAUGGAGACUCGGCAAAGUCCAGCUGCCGUACAGUCGGCACCAUGGCAGCUGGUCUUGUCUUUUCUUCCAACCCUCACUUGUGGCUAUUUGUGUUUUUUCAUUUGCAAAAUAUGUCAGAGUAGAUUUAGCUUCAUUUCUUUGGAAUGAUUAAAAUGUGCAGGUCUGUUUUGAAACAGACAUGAAAAGCCUCCCUCGUUGCACAAAAGCCUGAACAGGUGAAUGAAAGAAGGUGGUCUGAGUGACGAAGACGAUGUUGCACAAAGUGAGAAGUUCCCUCCAAACAAUCAGAUCCACCUUGUUUCACUUUGCUUUUGCACAGCCGAAGGGUGGACAGUCACCGUCGGGACCUCAGAAGUUACAUUAGAUGGUUCAUGAUCGGUAUCAGAAGGCCAAACGGCGAGACGGUGGUCACCAGGCUCACUGCACAGUGAGAGCGUCAUGUGCGCUAGUUUGCAUAUUCUCCCUGUGUGUGUGUGAGUCCCCUCCAUCUUCCUCCCACGGUCCAGAAACAGGUGAACUGGUGACUGUAGCGCUGCCUGUGAGUGUUGCUGUGAGUUUGUGAUGGACUGGAAAACUGUCCAGGAUGUCCCCUGCCUUACCCGUCAGUCCGUUCAGAUCGAUGGAUGGAUUCUCAUCCGUGGUUCUCAUUUUUUCCCCCUUUAGUCGUCCCAGAUAGCUUCUAAUACAGGCUAAGUUUUCUUGAAGCCAAACGCUGGCGGACACCCACUCAUUCCUCAAUAUUCUCCAAAGUAUCUUCUUAUAGUUUCAUUUGUCGUGCAAAUUUCAGUUUGGCGACCUCGGAGUCUGCGAAGCCCCGGGCCCCCGUGUGAUAUCUGGCUUCCCCCCAGGGGGUCCCAUUCCCCAGCUUAGGAAACUGGUUGAUAUCGUAGUGCAGUGUCGACACAAGCUUAAAACCAUCGAGAUGAGAAACCAUCAGUUCAACAGUGUGAUGAGCGUUUUGGCUGCACUGAGUGUGAACUCUCAUCUCUGAUCCUACAUUUCAGCUCAGAAACAAGCAGCGUGGCGUCCGUCGGCCCCUUCCUUUUGCGUCGUCCAUAACGUCCUUUAAGAAGUGCUGACCGAGAUACAACCGAGUGUAAUGUUCGAGGCAGACUCUCCAGAAUUCAGUAAAAGACACGGCUGGUUAUGAAACACAGUCACAAGAAAACGCUCCUCAUUCCUCUGAAAGUUCGAUGCAAAUAUCCUGUUUUUAGUGAAGCGCUGCCAAAAUCCCCUCUGGCUUUUCUUUCUUUCUGUCUUUCUUUCUUUUUUUUUAAAACCGCCGGUUCAUCCAGCUCUGCCUUCAUCUUCGGUUCUGACAGCUCUGAGUUACAGGUUGUUUGUUAUUGUGUCUUGUUCCACGUGCACUGAGCGCCACUCCGCUACGUUUAAAGACAGAACUUCUUCCUCUUGGUAAAAACGGCUUCUGUUGGGAUAUUUGAUGAGCAAACGCAGCGAGAGAUGACAUAUGUUUCUAUUUUAAUAUGUGAUCUGUGAUCAGUGUAAAUACAUUUGGAAAUUUUGUUUUACUUUUGAUGUUCGGUUCAUAACUGCUUUUGUCAUUUGCCAGUUUUUUUUGUGGGGGGGGGGUUCUUGUUUUGAAAUGUUUGCCAUCAUUUGACAAGCGGAGCUGUUUUUGUCCCGAAAGCAAGUUUGUAAUUCAGCUUUUCUCAGCAAAGCAAACGUGUACUUUGCAGAUUUUUUUUGUGUUUUUGCUUUGUUCUGUCCUGGCAGGCACAUGGAUUGUUAGAUUAGUGCUUUAAUAUCUUUUUUUUUUUUCUUUUUUUCAUAAAGUCUUUGAAAGGAGCUCC